AUGUCAGAGAAGCAUGUGAGAGGCAAGGGGCAUGCACAGCAGGUCGGUUAUCGUGGCAAUGGUCCAAAAGUCGUGAUCUCGAGGAAGAGCAUUCUCGAGAAUGGCGAGAUGCCACAUUUUGGUGGGCUGGGUCUGAUCUACAGGAGGAGAGAAGAUAAUAUAGGGAUGAGGUUGUUCAAGCAGAAGCUGCCAAGAGAGAAGUUGUUGGGGCCGGAGGGGUUGUCAAACACAUCAUUGUGGAUUAUGACAGGCCAGGAAUUUCUACGGCGAACGGACCCCGAAGAUGAUGAAUCACCCGACACAUACUACGCCACAACUCUUUCACAUGCUCUUCAGGCCUUCGGUUCAGCACUCCUUCACAACCAAGACAUCCUCUCUCGCUGUACCUCUAUUGAGACAAAUCUGGUCAAUCCUGACAGCAAGUCUCCCCCCUUAUGCUCAGGCAGCAGGGGAUGGUGCAAAUAUCUAGCUGCACUAUCUACAGAACGGCCACUCAUCGAGGCAUACAAGGACUACUUGGUGCAGCCUAAUCAGGCAUGGAUGGACAUGGUUUGGCUCAUCGAGCACCAGAAUCUUGGAGGCCUUCAAACUGGUCUUGCUAAACUUCAGCUGGCCUUGGAUAUGGUGUAUUCUGGUAUUUGCGAGAUGCUGACCAUCGACGAGCUCGCAGUGUGGAUCUGGGACCAUCCACAGCCGGGUGCUUUCAAAGGCCUCUUGCACUGUGGUUUUCAACUGCAGAAUCUAGAUGACAAGAACUGCCUGCAUACCCCUCCUGGUUCGACCAAGCAUGGAAUGUGCAAGGUUUUGCAUUGGAUCAAUCAGAUCACAUGUAUGGAGCAUUGGAUCAUAAUCACUGAGAGGGAUUUUGUGUGGAGUCGUCCUGAAGGACACUGUGGCUUUGAGGACUUUUCUUUGCCGUUGCGAGGUGACAAGUUGAGAAUUGAUGUGCUUAUCGCAGAGUUCCAAGACUCCGUCAAGACCCUCCAGAGGAACCAACAUCUCCUUCAGCACAAUAUCAACAGACUCGAUGGCUUGAAUGAUCUCAAUGAGGAGAUCAUCAACUUCUUCCCUUGCUCGGUCCACAUCAGGAUCCUCAAGGCUUGGAUAUCUAAACUUGCCAUUCUUUGCGAACAAAAGUUGCCAGUCUGGAACGAAUGGACGAUCAAUCCUCAAUUCAAGAUGCCACAACAGGGUAACAUCCACAACUGUGAUUGGGGCCUGGAGUUGAAUCACUGCCGUGUAGAUGCUUCCUUGAGGAUCCCGUGGGAUGAUAGCGAUAUGAGCCUUCAGCGUAGGGCACUCCGACAGAUGGUGACGGAAGAAUCAUCUUAUAUUGGUGUUUCAUAUUGUACUGUCAACUUUAUAAUAUCUCACCUGUUGCAUCUACUCUUGAGCUCAACCUGGACUCUUCCAUCAUUCUUUUCACUUGACAUCAUAAAUAUCUUCUUAUCAUGGAUAACCACGCUCAUCAUGACGGAGAGUGUCAAGUUGAAGGUUGCUCUUGCACCUAUAUGGAUCCAAUGGAUGGCCAGCCAUUACAUCCAGGUUCAGUAUGCUGGUGUGAACAUGCCUCAUCUACCUCAUCUACCGUUCUCCGGACGAGAGCCAUGCGUGUGUGUCCAGCAGUAUGUGGUGCACUCCUGUGAUUUAGAGAUGAUUCCUGGGACUUUGUCGCCCCAGCAUGCAGUAUCACAGCCUGCAGCAAAUUCCUCGCUGUCUACUAGUUUGCCAUCAUUUCCCGCCAACCCCAAUCCUUCCACAUUUAUCCAGCUACAUGUCUUGAUACGUGCUUCCAUCAAGAGAGGCAGUAAUGGUGUGGUGUCCUCUAGCAGGAACCAGCAUGCACAAGAUGCAGCUCAGGCUUCGAACAUCAGCAGUAAUUCGUCGUUUGGGACCUCUAUUGUGUUGGAUGCCUACAUUCUGCCUUACCCGGCUGUAGGUGCCAAUACCGAGAAGACGGAGACUGUCGACAAAAUGACGGUCCGGGUCAUCAAUUUGGAAGCCGAAGCUGACCCGGACCCGUGGUCGGGUCACCCAUGGGUCAGAGGAUCAAUCCGGCAAUUGCUGGAAUGCUGUGUGCCUUCUGAAGAAGCUGCCAGCUCAUCCGCUUCAUCCUCUCUCUUGCCGUCGACCACCAAGUGUGUGAUGGGAUAG